CAGGUUGAUGUGCGAGACACAUCCACUACGCUCAACGAACUUCGAGCCCAUACGAUCCGUUUACGAUUCGCUUCGAACCCAAAUCGUGCCGUUAACAUGUAAAACGAGUGUUCGCCUCAAAACGAAAUAAUUAUAGAGGAAGCCCGCAAAAAAAAAUAGCCGCCAAGGAAGUACACAAAAACCAUCAAACUAAUGUGAAACCAAAAUUUCGGCAAAAUAUUUAAAAAUCAUCAUCGUUCCGGGGGAACCAGUUUAAAGCAUAGCAAAAUCGCAAAACAACGGACACAUAACCAAUUGGAUUACGCAAAAAGGGCGAAGUUGGAUAGAGCUCGCACCAUGAAGACAGGCGCUCCGAUGGACAUUUUCUACACGGCGCUGCACUUAAUCACAAUCGCAGCUCUGACGACGCACGCGGCGCAGAUUCCAACGGCAGUCAAGGAUGCCCAGAGCUCGCUGAGCGAGGCGAUUGCGGCGGCGGAGGCGGAGGUGACCUCCACCUCGAAGCCGACGGUGGAGCCGAGCGUGCGGAUCAAGUGCCUCUCCGGGUCGAUGCUGAUCACCAUCAAGGAUGCGCCUCCGAACCACGAAACGGGCCUCUUCAGCGGCAUGAUCUACCCGAAAGGCCUGUCCAAGAACUCCACUUGCCUGAGCGAAUACAGAGACCAUGUGGGCUCCCUGCGGUACAAGCUGCCCCUGAGGUCCUGCAACACGAUGCCGAAGGAAACGGAUGAUGGUGGCAUCGAGUUCUUCAACACCAUUGUGCUGCAGCCGCACCUGAAGCUCAUCACGGACUUGGGACGUGGCUACCACGUCCGCUGUGCCUACAAGAGCCGCGAUGCCGCCAUGAAGCCGAAGAAGUACCUUCGUAAGCACGCCCAAAAGCCGCAGGCCUUCCGCAGCGAAGACCGCAGGGACUACGGCCGAUCCCUGGACAAGCAGCAGGACGACGACCUGGACGAGGAGGAUGUGUACGACGCGAAUGCCCCGCAGGACGAGGAUGUGAGCAACAACGAGAUCCCCAUGCCCGGUUGCCACAUGAAGAUCUACAACGACGAGCAGAAAAUAGCCGACGAUGUGAAGAUAGGCGAUCCUCUGACCAUUGUGAUCAGCAUCGACAGACAGAAGAUCUACGGCCUCCAUGUGACGGACUGCAUAGUGCGCGAUGGCUUGGGUUGGGGUGAGCAGCGGUUGGUUGGCGAAGAUGGCUGCCCCAUGGACAACGAGAUCAUGGGCCAGUUUAACUACACCGAGGACCGGCUAGCCGCCAACGUGACCUUCCCGGCGCACAAGUUCCCGUACACCACCUCCGUGUACUACCAGUGCAACGUGCGCCUGUGCGCCCUAGAGGAUCCCUCCUGCCAGGAGGCGCCCCUGUGCACUGGCAAGCGUCCCAAGCGCCAGACUCCGGUGGACAGCAAGGAGGAGGAGGGAAUGCCCGCCACCAUCGAGGUCUUCUCGGGGUUGUACGUCAAUGAGAACGAGAACUCCAACGACAGCGACGACGAUGCGGUUUACAAGGAGAAGACUCUGGAUGACGCCCUAUGCGUGUCGCAGCGCACAUUCGCCAUAGCCAUCGCCAUCGCGGGCCUGAUCCUGAUGCUGGCCGUGGUCGCCGCCGUGCUGUGCAUCAUGGCCCGCAGGAGCACCAAGACGGUGUCCAACUCGGGCAGCUCCAUCUACAGCGGGCCGUACACGAACACCGCCUUCUCGCACAGCAGCUAAGCGGGGAGUGGUGGGAGGUCCUCGCAGAUAAAUUCAAAAUUCAACGUUUCCAAAAUGCAAACACUCAAAGUGUUGAAAAAAAUCAGAGAGAGAGUUACCCGGAGGUCCGGGCGCGCAGGUGCCGCUGCGGUAGUCAACGAUGGAACGGAUCGGAAGCCACCUAGUUUGUAAGGAUGCCGGAGCAGUCAGUCGUCCAGCGGCUGUUUUCUAGAUUAAGCCUAGUCUUAGUUUGCAAUUGAUGUGCAGAGAUUACCGGGCAAUGGCUGGAUAACAUCCCGAUUGCCCGCUAAUGUCGCAGAGUUCUUGGGAAGACCCAGAUGGCAUUCGCAGAGCUCUGUUCCGCACAGUCGGUGUUGGACUCGCCCCUCCUUCAGACACUCCACUGGAAGUGUAAGCGUGUUUCUGCAUCCCCAACUAACCCACUUUCCCUAACUUAAUCACUCGAACUAACAACGAAUGCAGCAGCCGACGCUCAGGUGAUAUUUGUACUCGUAUCUACUUAACUACUACUCCUUAAUUUUAAUUUAUUAAUUUAUCUGAUGCCUAACUGCCAAAGGUCCAAAACUGCAGAAAAGGUCCCUUCUUAGUAGAAUUUCCUGAAUUUCUUGUCAUUGAUUUACUUGAAACUUUGAUUCGGACGCAGGAGGAGCCCUUAUUACUACACAGCCGUCCCGAUCACUUACUUUAAUAUAUGAUAAUGAAAUGAUAUGUCUGGCAACAGUUCUCAAAUAAGAUAAGGCCUUUGCACCGCUUCAAUCGAGCAUUCCGAGGCCCACUGACACUAAAGGGAAUGCUCCUCUGGAGCCGUUCAAUUCACGCGAUUCAAUUCAUAUUUUAAAGCUCAAUUUUAGUGUACCUCUAAGUUAAUAUUACUCAUUGAACAAUAAACUCAAAUUGACCUAAAAA